UUAUGUAUUUUACUCGUAGGGGGGUGAAAGCGAAAUUGAUGCAAAUACAAACACGCACCAGCCACACUUGUUCUAAAACCUCUCAUCGUUUAUUGUCUGUCAUUUCAGAGGUUAUUAUAAUUUGAGCCGGUGUGUGUGUGUUUUGUGUACGUACGUGUGUGUGUGUGCGUGUGUGAGUGUGUGAGUGUGUGUGUGUGUGUGUGUUUGUGUGCAAGCAUCCAGCUCGGAAGCAGCGCAGGGUUGCGUCCACCAAGCAGGUGAAAAGGUUAUUGAUCUUGAAAUGGCGUCUCACAUGUUCACCGCAGCCUGCCUUCUCUUUGCAAGGAUCACAAUAACGCACCAAAAUACUCACAUGAGCUCAUUGUACACGUUUCUGUUCCCCCCACGCGGCCCUCAGAUCUUUCCGUGUCUCACGUACUUGGAGAGGAACGUCAGGGUCGACUGUGAGUUCCCGCCAACCAACGAGAUCCCGGGCCCCUACUGUGAGUAUCGUCAGGACAGCAGGCUGGUGGGCAGCACCUACCCCAACUUCGUCAUCUACGUGUCCAUCGAGGACCGCAGGAGGAGCAACGUCAGCCUGGCCGCCCCCAAUCUUUGCCGCCUCAUCUGGGCGCCGUUGGCCGACGAGAAACCUUACACGUACACGUGCAGAGUGUACCAGGGAGGGAGCUGGAAGGAGAACAGCAUGGCCGUGCUUCACCGGAUUCUUCCCAUCUGCUCUGCGAUCGGCGUCACACUUCACUCGGCUCUGUUGCUUUCGUCACUGAUGAUGUCACUUCCUGUGGCAGUGGGUCUCCUGAGUCCUUGAGCUCCUCCUCAAGACACAGUGGACCUUUCGAAACAUGGUUUGCAACUCACUUUGGUGGAUAUACUCAAUUUGAAAUGAGUGAUUCAGAAUGUUUCGAAACACAUCACAGGGGCCUUCUCUAAGCACCUUUUUCAGUUCACCUUCAUUAAGAAACAGUUUGUUUUUUUUAAAGACCAAAGAAUGAUUUUGUUUAUAAAUGUGCCCCAUUCCUCUAAAUGUCUGCAAACAUCAUUUAUAGCAAUCAUAAUUUUGGCUCUUUGUUUGCUAAUUAAUUAGCUUUCCGGACACAUUCUUAGGCACACUUUCACAAUCCGAUGUGAUCCAGCCCAGUUUCCCGGUGCAGGCAAUACCGUAUUAGGAGCUGCUCUCAGUCUAUCACGGUGCACAAUAAUAAACAUUGUCAAUUUAAAUCCUC